UAGUCUGAAUCUGGACUUCAAGCAACACAGUGCCUGAGACAGCUCAUCUAAACCUCACUGUAUUGCAACACUCUCUCUCUUCCCAAAGAAAAAGACUCCACUGAGUAGCAGAAUGCUGCCAGUGUCGCAGCUAGGGCUACAAUACAGAGCCUUUUUGUAACAUUUUAAAAAUCUCUUUCUAUUCACAUAUUUAGACACAAAUACACUCAUAGAAAUACUUCCUUUUUUGAGGGCACUUUUGGCUUUUGUUAUCCUGAUGUGACUUCUUCUUCAUCUUGGAAUGAUGGGGAUCUUUCUAGCUUAUGUUGGAUUCAUUUUUUUUUCAGUUAUGUAUAUUCAGCAAGGACUGUCUACUCAAGCAAAAUUCACUGAAUUUCCCCGAAAUGUCACGGCAACAGAAGGGCAGAAUGUGGAGAUGUCUUGUGCUUUCCAAAGUGGCUCCACUUCGGUGUACCUUGAAAUCCAGUGGUGGUUUCUGCGGGCUGCUGAAGACCAAGAGGUUGGAGCUGAGGUGACAGGAACUCAGGUGGAACUCCUACCCGAACGGGACCUGGAGAGCGACGGCACGAAGAUAAGCACAGUGAAAGUACAAGGGAAUGACAUCUCCCACAAGCUGCAGAUUUCAAAAGUAAGGAAAAAAGAUGAAGGCUUGUAUGAGUGCAGGGUGACUGAUGCCAACUAUGGAGAUCUUCAGGAAUACAAGGCCCAAGCAUAUCUCAAAGUCAAUGCUAACAGCCACUCUCGGCGAAUGCAGGCUUUUGAGGCAUCUCCAAUGUGGCUGCAAGACAUGAAACCUCGCAAAAACAUCUCAGCAGCUAUUCCAAGUAGCAUCCAUAACCCUGCCAAUCAACGUGUACGUGCCACCUCCAGCCCUGAAGCAGCAGCCAAAAUCCCCAAACAAAGUCCACAAUCAGCAAAGAGCAAAUCGCCUGUAAAAUCCACGGAGCGGACAGCAAAGUUGACCCUAACCUCCAACCACCACUCUGCACCCAAUGUACUCUAAAUCUCUACACAAGGAGCACCUUCUUCAGGAAGUACAAACAAAAAUACUAAAUAAAUAAAUAAAUAAAUAAAUAUUAUAAAAGGAAGAGGAUACCACAUUUUCUUGAUAUACCUUAUUUUCUUUGGCAUAUCACUGAUCUUUUAUUUGAAGAGAACUGGUGUGAUGUAAUCAAAUGUUUCGUAACAGCAAGACCUAGUUUCCUUCUCUUUCGGCAAGGAGAAGCCUCAUCCUUGACUUCUCAGGGGUUGGUCAGCCAGUCAUCAGUAUUGUAGAAUUAACCAUGGAUGACAUUUGGCUUCCUACACUAAAGGAAUUGUUCAAGCCCAGAAGCAAACAGAGGCAAAAUAAUGAGAUGAAGCAUAGUGAUUCAACAUCGAGCCCCAAAUCCAUCCCACAAACUCUGCCAAAAAUGUUUAUUUUUUCUUUUUCUUUUCUUUCUUUCUUUUUUUUUUUUC